AAGGAAAGCAAAGGGCGCCAGAACUAAUGGUAAACAUGUUGCUAAACGGAACUAAAAAGUACAACAGAAGUUUAAGAAGCAAAAAGAAAAAGAAACCAAAAAACAAAAGGGAGAAGAAGAAAAGAAAAGGAAAAGAAGUUAAAAAAAAACCAACCAAGUAUAAAAACUGCAAAUCAAAGGUACCCUUGUUUAUAUUUGGGGCCGGAAUGUUUGGCAAAGACUUAGUGCACUGCAAGGGAUUGAGAAGUGGAGUCACUGAACUCUUUUACAAGAUUUUAAAGAGAAGAGAAAGUAAUGGUGACUUGAUGGUUGUUACCAUCGAUGAGUAUCUUACCUCCCAAGUAUGCUCUAAAUGUUUGACAAGAACUUUGGAUGUUUUUACUGGUGUACGUGGCUGUGGUGUUCUUGUUUGCAAGACAUGGAUAUUAAUGCAUCUUUAAACAUAAUGAAGAUUGCUCAGUCGAUUUGGAGAGAUGGAGAGCGUCCUCUUCCGUUUAAAAGAGGUUAAGUCUUACAUAAAUCGCCUUUUUAAACACGGUUCUCCGAAAGGAGUUCAGAUUAUUACAG